ACAAGAUGGCGGAGAGUGCGGAACUGAAGCAAAUGGUGAUGAGCCUGCGAGUAUCGGAGCUGCAGGUUCUCCUGGGCUACGCUGGGCGGAAUAAACACGGCCGUAAGCACGAGCUGCUGACCAAAGCGCUACACCUGCUGAAGGCCGGCUGCAGUCCGGCGGUACAGAUGAAGAUUAAGGAACUCUACAGGCGUCGUUUCCCCACCAAGUUGGUGUCCCCGGCCGAACUGGCCCUGCCGGGGGUCCAUCCUGCCGCUUCACUGCCUGCGGGCCUCACCCAACUGGCCUUCGAUGGGCACGGGGCCGCCCCAUCCCCCCUGCUGCCCAUCUCGCUCCUGGGACCCAAACACGAGCUGGGCCUGCCACACCUUCCCUCCAACCUGCAUCCCGUACAUCCAGACGUCAAGCUGCAGAGACUGCCCUUCUACGAUGUGCUGGACGAGCUCAUCAAACCCACCAGCCUUGCUUCAGACAACAGUCAGCGAUUUCAAGAAACAUGUUUUGCUUUUGCAUUAACGCCACAGCAAGUCCAGCAAAUCAGCAGUUCAAUGGACAUCUUGGGGACCAAAUGUGACUUCAUGGUACAAGUACAGUUACGGUUUUGCUUAUCAGAAACCAGCUGUCCACAGGAAGACCACUUUCCUCCUAACCUUUGUGUAAAAGUCAAUGGGAAGCCGUGUAAUCUUCCGGGCUACCUUCCUCCCACCAAAAAUGGAGUUGAACCAAAGCGUCCCAGCAGACCCAUUAACAUUACCUCACUGGUCAGACUGUCCACCACCGUCCCUAACACCAUUGUGGUGUCUUGGACAUCCGAGAUUGGAAGGAGUUACUCUAUGGCGGUGUAUCUGGUGAAGCAGCAGUCGUCUACAGCCCUGUUACAGAGACUCCGUGCCAAGGGCAUCAGAAAUCCAGACCACUCCAUAGCUCUCAUCAAAGAAAAAUUAACAGCUGACCCAGACAGUGAAAUUGCCACAACCAGUCUGCGAGUGUCGUUACUGUGUCCGCUGGGGAAGAUGCGGCUGUUGAUUCCAUGCCGGGCGGUGACGUGUUCACACCUGCAGUGUUUUGAUGCCACACUCUACAUCCAGAUGAAUGAGAAGAAGCCCACCUGGGUGUGUCCUGUCUGUGACAAGAAAGCCCCCUAUGAACACCUUAUUAUUGAUGGGUUGUUUAUGGAGAUUCUAAACAGCUGUGUAGACUGCGAUGAGAUUCAGUUUAAAGAGGAUGGGAGUUGGGCCCCCAUGAGGUCGAAAAAGGAGGUGCAGGAGGUGUCUGCUUCAUGUAACGGCGUAGAUGGCGGGUGUCGGACAUCAGCUUCAGAUCAGAAAUCCAACUCGCACACGAACAGCAACAACAAGAAAGUGGAAGUGAUCGACUUGACUCUAGACAGCUCGUCUGAGGAUGAGGAGGAUGAAGAGCCCCCUCCAAAACGAAGCUGCCCCUCUCUCUCACCCACCUCCCCACAGAUGAAUAAGGGAGUGUUAAAUCUGUGUACGCAGCCAUCUCCUGUGAGUCGAACUCCCAGCAUGCCUCAAGUGGAGACCAACUACAUCCCCCCUCCACCGCCCCUCAUACAGGACUACCGUCACUAUUAUCCUACCCCCAACGACCUGUCAGAUCUGAACUUUUUCUCCUUUUUACAAGGAGAGAAUCAUCAGCACUAUAACAUGGUGAUGGCAGCGGCCGCAUCAGCGUCUGAAGACCAUGAUCUCCUCCUGAACCGUUUUCUGCCAUACAGCUCGUCGCAGCUCUUUCUGGACCCCCCCAGCACCCCAGUCAGCAGCAGCGCCAUCCAUGCCCCCGUUAACGUCAAUCGCAGCAACAGCAGCAGCUCCAGCGGCAGCCUGGUGUCAUCCAGCAGCCUGCGAGAAGCCCACGGCCUGCCCGCUGUACCCCGCUCUGCCUCCGACACGGCCAUGGCCACAGCCAUAUAUGGCUCCAUCCCGGAUGUUAUCUCCUUAGACUGAUCCACGUUCACAUACUCCAGCGCCAAACAGACUGAGAGACACUCAACGUUGGCAGGAAAACAGUACGAAAGACCCAGAUGAGAAAAGUGAGGGUUUUUUUUGUUCGAUUUUCCAAAACAAUGAUGAACGUUGCCGUGUACAGAGAACAAAUAUAUUUUCAGUUUUACUUUUUGUAUAUAUAAACUCGAAAGACAUUUUUUUCCUAUUCUGCGAAUAACGAAGGGGUUUAUCUUUUGUUUGUUUUGUUUUCUUCCAAGGAAAAAAAGACUUUUGAUUUCAUCACAAAUCUUCAUUUUGUUGUCCCCUUGAUUAUACUGCUAUUAAUAUUUUGUAUCUUUUUAGAUAUUUUUUUGGCCACAUUACAUUCAGUAUCGUUUCUAAUUCCUCGUCAAAGGUGCAACCCUCCCACACAAGGACUUCACUGUCCUUCAGCCAGUUGGUUGUCCGCGUCUCCAGAUGGACCCAGACAUGCUUCUCUGCUCAGACUGACUCUCUUGAGCUGGCAGUGUUUUUCAAUUCGCAGAUGGUUUUGUAAUACUUUUAAAUUAUAUGAAGUAUAUGAACUGUUAACAAGCAUUCCUUUACCUUCAGGAAUAUACGAUGGGGAACGGAUUAAUGACGAUUGACUGCCAUUAUUAUAUAUUUUGUUCUUAAUCGCUUAUUUAUACUUUAGAGCAGACGGAUUGUGCUCUGCUUGUACUGUCACGUGUCCGUCUUAGGAAUUAUCUUGAUUGAGAAUUAGUGUGGAACUUCAUCUUUGAUUUCUCAGACCACUUUUGUUUUUUGAUUGCACAAUGCCAAAAGCGACGCCACAGAAAGGCAUCCAUUCUUUCUCGCUUGCUUGCUUGCUGUCUCAUUUGCUUGUUUCAUGCUUUAUCUGUGACUCAUUUUGUGUAUUUCUCUCUUUUUCUUUUCUACAGAGGUUCCACAGUGUGCCGGCCCGAAAGGUUUUUGUAUUUCUGAUGAAAAAGCUUGGUUAGUCUGAGUGAAAAACUAAGAAACAGGGACCUAGUUGUGUCUUAACUGAUUCCAUUUUGGACUAUAAAGUAUUUUAAAGGAAUACUUCAGAAUUUUUUACCCUAAUCUCUGUCUGCUGCAUCUCGAUGUACUUGAUGGACAGUAAUAUUCCUAUAUUUACAAAAGAACAGAAAUCAGCACCUGCUCAUUGGCAUCUAUUAUGAGCUAUAAGCAUGUUUUGAAGCAACAGGAUUUCAGUUUUUCUACUGAGGACAGGGAAAUGGGUUGAAAUUAUUGUUUGAAGUAACUGAUCAGAGAUAGGGAUGGACAUUUCACUCAAAUUUGAUACCAAAUUUGUAAGGCAUUAUGCGAAAAAUAGUUUAAUAAUAACGCACCAAACUCAUCAGGCUACUAAAGACAGUGAUGCCACUCAGGAUCACUCUGAAGCCUUGAAGAUAAACAGACAAAUGCUGUUUAUAACUCAGCUAAUGUUACUAGCCAAGUCCCAUCGUAACAUAUUGCAUCACAUAACUUUUAGGUAUCCUUAGCCUUUAUCCAGCUGCAGUAGUCUGUCUCUGUUUCCCUCUUAAGAUUAAACAGAUAAACUCUGACGCGUAUGGUUCUACACUGCCCUCUGGUGGAAUACAAAGUUCAGACAUCUCAUAGUUCUUCUGUAUGAGAAUCACAGAGAGAGCAGCUAAUUCCUAAUGCUAGAGAUGCAGCUGAUGAGCUUACAUUGAAAAACACUGGAGUGUUCCUUUACCCCAACUUACGCGCUCACCCAAUCAGUUCAGUGUCCUGUUGGGUUGUUCAGGGUCUGGAGUCUUGCAGCAUUUUCCAAAAGACACACAGGUCUUUUAAAACCACUCUUCAUUAUCUUUUUCUCACUAUUUCUGAUGACUAGUAUUGAGUUGACGGUAACUUGUGACCUUCACAACUGCUCCCAUCCACAAAUGGAUUUGGCCUUCAUAAUAAAUAAGUAGAUAAGCUAGAAACCGUAUCUACUCACAGCGCUUCCAGGUUAAACAUUGUGGCUUUCAACAGACACUUUUAUCAACAGAACUGCCAUGAACCCUCCUCUUUUUAUAAACCACUAAAACUGAUUCAUCGUAAUAGAAGAGAGAGAAAAGGCCUACUUCAAAGUGUCUCUCUCAGAAUAUCAAAUAACAUCCUGACCUGGAUGUGCAUGACUGUUCUCUUCACGGCUCGACGCUUUCUGAGUUAAAAAGAAAGAUAUAUUUAUUUAAUGAGUGAUUUAAAUUAAUAAAGGUAAAAGGUAACUUUUUUGGCCUGUGAAGAUUCAGGCUAUUUAAAGCCUCCUAUCAGCCUGCUUGUGUGUGUGUGUGGUGUGUGUGUGUGUGUGUGUGUGUGUGUAUGCGGUCUGUACUGAGUAACUUGAGUUUUCUGGGCCUAAGCAGUGUCCAGAUUUUGUCCCAAAGCCUAAUUGCAUUUCUGACUGAGAUAAUUAUGAUAGGAUCAUUAUGUCCUUAUUUAGCCUCCGUAGCGUGGCAGACUGAUUCUCUCUCUCUCCGGACCAUUUUUCUUCUAGGUGCAUAAAAAGCCGCCAGUAUUUUUAUGUGUUGUUGUUCUACACUGAAAACAUGCAUUAGUUUGUUUGAUUAAAACAUCAUUUCCACAUGCCGAUAUUAUAACACAGUUGAAUCAUUCAAUUGACCUAAUUUUGGAAAUUGUGUUGAUGUGGUAGAUUUUAUUCAUGUGGAAAUGAAUAUACAGUACUGGGCAAAUGUCAGAGACCACUCUUCAUUUAUUUAAGUUCUAGUCAAAACAGCCAUGAAGUACUUGUUAUUUAUUUUUAAUGUAUUUCAGAUAUUUGUGAGGUGAUUACAUACAAACAGUCCACAGUUGUAUAAAGAGUUUCCAAAUCUAGAGUACAAUAAAUUAUUCAAAGAUGUAAAGAAAAUGGGACGGCAAGAUCUGCCAAGAAUUGGUAGACCACCAAAACCGUCACCAUCAGAUAAACAGUAUUUAAAGCUUUCAACUUUGAGAGAGAGGAGGAAACCAAGCUCCACUCUUGCUUUAGAUCUGAAAAAAUCCACAAGUGUUUCUGUCCAUCCUUCCACUGUGAGAAGACAACACUAUGAGUCUGAAAGCAUGUGUAGCUGUCAAGAAGCCCUUACUGAGAAAAUGAAACAGACUAAAAGAAGAACAUUUGCAAAUCAAACAAAGAAGCUGCUGGUGUUCUCAGAACAAUGGACUGGCCAUCUCAAAGUCCAGACAUCACUGAGCGAGUUUGGGAUUACUCGGAUUUGUAAGAAGUUGUAAGACUAAAAUUUAACGGUGUGGAAAAAUAUCUUCUAGCGGAUUUCUUUGAAAAACUGAAAGCCAUAAAAAAUGAAAAAAGAUGGACAGACUAAAUACUAGAAAAUAUUAUAUUUAGUUGUUAAGGCUUCUGGAAUUUUCUGUUAAGUGUGUAUUGUCUUUUUUUCCCCUGAUGCUGAAAUUGAAUAAUGGACAUUUAGUGAAUGAAGUGUGGUCUCUGACUUUUGGACAGUACAGUAUGUUUGAGUCAAUUCAUUGCAUUAUUUUUCAGUGUAUGCUGUUAUAAAACAGUAUUUAAGAUGUUAUUUAAGGAUUUCGUUUCUUGUUCUUUUGUAAUUUAACUGCAUCAUUUUGUUUCAGAUUGUAUUGUUCGUUGUCACUCAGUAGUCUAACGACGAUGUCUAGAAAAGACAAGCCGUUCCUCAGUCCGUCUCACAUGUAACCGACAUGUUAGUAGUUUAUUCCAGUUGACUUGUUUUAAUGAUUAUUUCUCCUGUGUCAGAGACCACCCAUUGGGGACGUGAGCUUUAUUCACAGCCAGAGACAAACUACAGGCUGCAGCUUCGUGUAAUUUUCGCUCCCGUGCUUUGCUGGCGGUUAUGAAACCUGCUCUCAGUCCCCCGCGUCUCUGACACCGUUAAACACAGACUUGUCACAUUUGCUGAAGUAACUGAUGCGGAGCGUGUCACAUUCAGCACCAGACCAACAUUAAAUCAAUCUGUGGUUGCUAUGGUGACUGAAGGCAUUUGUGUCCCUUGUCAGUUGACCUCAAGUUGCUUAAAAGUACGACGUAAAGCUACAGCUGUGGCAUGUCUCAAAUAGCCUUUGCACUUAUUAUUGGAAGCAUAAGGCGUAGUCCAACAUAAACAUAUCUACCUUCUAAAGGACUUAUUCUUAUUGACUAGUAUUUCAGCAACGAUGUUUUUUCUGGUUCCCUUUUAUUUUAUGUAAAAUGACUUGGAAUUACUUGUUACACAUGAAAGAGCAACAAAAAUUUGAUCAUUAUCUUUCAUGAAAUGAGGUUGAUGUCAGUGUUUUGCAGUGAUUGAUAAAGGGAAAGGUUAAAGGUGGGGUUGUGUGUGUGAGUGAGUGAGUGUGUGUGCGUGUGUUUUGACGUAAGGGUAAUCGUGAGAACAUGGAUGUUUCCGUAACGUGUAUUUGUGUUCUGACGUUGAAUACCGGAGCAUCGCGUUGAGAUGAUUUAUAUAUUUUUUAGAUGCAAAAACUGUGCUACAAGUGGACUUGGUGUCGAAGUCGAAUCUUAUUUUAUUAUGUUCCAUUUCACAUAAGCUGACAUCUGCGCUCACUGCCUUAAAAUUCACUUACUUUGUCUGUGGCAUGUCCUACGAGAGAAAACGGCUUUUUAAGGAGAUGUGGAAGAAAUAUUGUACAAUAGAACAAUGUCGGUUUGUAUAAAGUACUAAGGAAAAAAAAUAUUUAUUACAUGCAUUGGAAGAAAUUGUUUACUUAAUGAAUGUUACCUGUUUAUUUAGAGAUGUUUAGAUGUAAUAAAUGCAUUGAGUUAACUUUGAAA